AUGAAUCGCUACGUCGUGCCGCUGUCCGUGCUGGGCACGGCGGUGGGUGGCGCAGUGCUGCUGAAGGACUAUGUCGGUGGCGGGGUCUGUCCCAGCAAAGCCACCAUACCUGGGAAAACCGUCAUUGUGACAGGUGCCAACACUGGUAUCGGGAAACACACCGCCUUGGAACUGGCUAAAAGAGGAGGCAACAUCAUUCUGGCCUGUCGAGACAUGGAGAAGUGUGAAGCAGCAGCAAAGGACAUUCGUGGGGAGACCCUCAAUCAUCGCGUCAGUGCCCGGCACCUGGACUUGUCUUCCCUCAAGUCCAUCCGAGAGUUCGCAAAGAAGAUCAUCGCAGAGGAGGAGCGUGUGGACAUUCUGGUCAACAACGCGGCCGUGAUGCGCUGUCCCCACUGGAGUACCGAGGAUGGCUUCGAGAUGCAGUUUGGCGUGAAUUACCUGGGUCACUUUCUUUUGACAAACUUGCUGUUGGACAAGCUGAAAGCCUCAGCCCCUUCACGGAUCAUCAACCUGUCCUCUUUGGCGCACGUUGUGGGACACAUAGACUUUGACGAUCUGAACUGGGAGCAGAAGAAGUACGACACCAAAGCUGCCUACUGCCAGAGCAAGUUGGCUGUGGUCCUCUUCACCAAGGAGCUGAGCCGGCGGCUGCAAGGAACGGGUGUGACCGCCAAUGCGCUUCAUCCAGGCGUGGCCAGGACGGAGCUGGGCCGACACACAGCCAUGCACAAGUCCUCCUUGUCCAGCGUCACACUCGGGCCCAUCUUCUGGUUGCUGGUCAAGAGCCCCCAGCUGGCGGCCCAACCCAGCACCUACCUGGCGGUGGCCAAGGAAUUGGAGGGCGUUUCCGGAAAGUACUUCAGUGGGCUCAAAGAGCAGACCCCGGCCCCCGAGGCUGAGGAUGAGGCGGUAGCCCGGAGGCUCUGGGAUGAAAGUGCCCGCCUGGUGGGCUUGAACAUGCCCCCUGGGUCCUCUGUAGGGGGGCAGCCUCUUGCCAAAUAA